UGAAACUCUUCCUCUUAGUGCUGCUGAUGAUCCUGGUAUGUGUGCUUUAAUCUGUCCCCCCAUCUAGAUAGCUUAUGUACUUUCAGUGUGUUUUCUUGCUGUUUCCUAUUAGAUGCAAAUAUCAGUAUUUUUCUGUUGUUUAGCAAUUUAGCGUAUUUGACUUUCCCUAUUCUUUUUUAAUUGUUUUGUCAGAGGUACUGAAUGAAAAUGACCUUCUGCACUGCUUUGUAUUGUUCUUUUUCUUGGCUGUUUGGUUUAGCGUUAAUCCUCUUUUUGAAGUGGCUACUAACCCUCUCAAUGCUUUCCUCUGACAAAUAUUUUUUCCUUGCCAUUUUGGUAUGGCCAUACUCCAAUUCCCCUCUUCUACCAUUUGAGCUAGAGCCCAUGCUCCAUUCACGGUUACAGCUGGCUGCAACUGCCUGUCAGCAACUCCUUCCUUUUUGUUUGUAUUUCCCGCGUCUUUGUCCACUCCUCCCUUCCUGGUGCUACGGAAGAGUGGACGCAGUUAAAGGAGCCUUCUCAGUCCACUCUUCACUGCUCACCUUUGUCGGCAAGGUGAGCCCCUCCUCCCCUUGGCAAAGUGUCAGUGGGAAUGGGAAACAUGAGUCUUCCUCCUGGUCACCUGAGCUGAGCAGCUGAAUGUUUCAUGGACUCACACAGCACCAGAUCCUGGACCAGGACACACGCUCCACCGGCAGAACUUGCACAGGUAUAGGCAAGGCUGUAGCACACAGGUGAUGAUUACAAGAUGUCUGAGGGAAAGCAGCGAGCUAUGUCCGCCUCGGGGGAGUCCCUGUACCUGCUUCUGGGUCUGGAGCAGGGAUGCAGCCAUGAAGAUGUCAAGAAGUCAUACAGGAAGCUGGCAUUGCGUUACCAUCCGGACAAGAACCCGGACCACCCAGAGGCGGCUGAGAAGUUCAAGGAGGUGAACAACGCCCACGCCGUCCUGUCCGACCCCACCAAGAGGAACAUCUAUGACUCUUACGGCUCUCUGGGGCUCUAUGUGGCUCAGCAGUUUGGAGAAGAUAACGUCAAUACCUACUUCAUGCUGUCCACCUGGUGGGCCAAGGGGCUUUUUGCAGUUUGCGGCGUCCUGACAGGAUUUUACUGCUGCUGCUGCCUCUGCUGUUGCUGUAACUGCUGCUGUGGACAACUCAAAGCCACACCCCAUGAUGAAGGGGCGGAGCCGCACUAUGCCUCCCCUGAUGACCUAGAGGAAGAGAUCGGUGACCAGCCCAGUAACGAUGUUGACGCAGCCGUCGUUCAUCAGCCGACAAACGCCAGUGAGAAAACUCAGCUGAUCUCCGAUGGACGCCACAGAUAUGGCGACACCUACACAUGAGGAUGUCAACCUGCUUGUUACCAUUUCUGGCUAACUCAGCUUCUUCUUGUCACAUGAAAUAA